GCUGAUUAGAGUUCUUGGUAAUCUAUCCAGCUUUACAAGAGAAAAAAAUAGAACUAUACCAAUCGAUUGAAACACACAAUCAACACCAUCUGGAACGGCGAGCGGAAAAAUAAUAUGAAGGUUCGUCACUCGGUAGAACAGCUGCUCCCGUUACUGGUGCCUCAGCCGAAGAGCCGAUCGCGAUCGGACAGUGAUAGGAGUGUGCAGACAUUCGGCGGAGUGCAGUAUUGGUCUCUAGCAGGGGGCUUAGAUGGUAUGGCUAUCCUUCCGAAGAGAUACUCGAGGGCCUUAACAAGACAUCAUGCACUUGUCUUUUUCCUUACAUUUUUUGCGUUUGUGUUCAUUCACGCGGCCAGGAAGACAUUCAGUAAUGUCAGGACAGCCCUGACAGAAACAUGGACCUUGCUACCACUCAAUGAGACCAUCUUCCCAAAUGACACAAUGUACCUUACCGAGGAUCCAUUCUUAGAUACGAUAGGAGAAGCUGAAGUAUUUUUCAGCGUCCUUGACACUGUCUUCCUAGCUUCGUAUACAGUUGGAUUGUUUAUAAGCGGCUUCAUCGGAGACAGGCUUGAUCUGAGGCUAGUGCUUUCAUUUGGAAUGUGUAGUUCAGCCAUGAUGAUGUUCUUGUUCGGUACAUUGAGUGAGUGGGUGAAGGUUUACAAUCAUUGGUAUUACGCGAUAUUCUGGAUCUUGAAUGGUCUUCUACAGGGAACAGGCUGGCCUACACUCAUUGCAGUCAUGGGCAACUGGUUCUCUGAGAAAAGUCGAGGGUUGGUGUUUGGUAUCUGGAGUGCUUGUGGCUCUGUUGGUAACAUCGUAGGAGCUCUCUCGGCGUCACUGGUCCUGACCUACGGAUACGAGUUCGCCUUCCUCCUGACGGCCAUAAUGAUGUUCUUCUGGGGUUUGGUCAUCCUUUUCUUCUUGAAUCCAUCUCCUCGUGAUGCUGGUUUAUACCUCGAUGAGGAUGAUGAUGAUGAUGAUGAUGAUGAUGAGAGGGAGCAGGAGUCGACAUCAGACGACAAAACGCCCUUCGCCAACAAAGAAAAGCUGGGAUCCAAGAAGGAGAAACCGUCCGCCUCGAACAAGCGCGUGAGCGAUGACGAUGAUGACGCUGACGUCAUUGAAGAACUAAGACCUAGACCUAAGCCUAUUGGAUUCCUUCAAGCUUUCUUACUACCAGGUGUUGCUUGUUAUUCACUUGGAUUCGCGUGUGUAAAGCUGGUAAGUUACUCCCUGUUCUCUUGGCUUCCAUACUACCUCACAUCUAACUUCCAAUGGACAGAGGUCACUGCCGAUCGAGCAUCCAUGGCUUUCGACUUUGGUGGAAUUAUAGGAGGAUCAAUUGGUGGCUUGAUCUCUGAUUUCCUGGGAAUCCGAUCUCCUGUUGUGAUCUUCAUGCUGUUUGGCUCUAUGGGAUCACUCUAUGGAUACAGUGUUGCCCCAGCCAAUAAUUGGAACGCCUUAGUGAUGGCUAUUGCUGGUGCCUUUGUGUGUGGUGUGACUCACAUGAUCGGCUCUACAAUAGCAGCUGAUCUAGGGCAACGCAAAGACUCACUAGGACAGGAUAAAGAAGCGCUCUCUACUGUUACAGGGAUCAUCGAUGGUACGGGUACCUUUGGUGCUGCUAUAGGACAGGUAGUGAUUCCUAUGUUGAAGAUCAACUAUGGUUGGGGUUCGGUCUUUGCAUUCUUCGUUGUUAUGAUCGGCUCAGCUGUCUUCUUCAUUUCACCGAUAUUCAUCAAGGAAAUGCGAUCCAAGUGUCAAUCACGGUCGACAUAAAAACACUAGUAUCUAGGGGGGCGUUUCAUGAAUUAUAAGUCGGUGGUUCACCGACAAUUUAGUCAGCGCUGACUAAAUUUGACCAAACACAGGCCUGGAAAAUAGUCGGUGACAAAAUAGUUGUCGGUGAACAUGAUAUUAGUCGGUGAAAACCACCGACUAAUUGUUUCAUGAAAUGCCCCCAGAUUAUACCAAUUAAAGCUCGUUCAGACGCGGCAAAACCUUCGGCGGUUUUAUAUUUGUAUUAUCUAUGAUGAAAACGCUUCACGUGUCUCCUAUAACGCAGAGCUCUGUUCAUACGCGCAAGUACGUCGUUGCGCGCAGUUGCCAUUCAUAAAAUAAAACCGCGGUGGUUUACCGCGCCCUAUCUGAACGAGCCUUUUCUCUCAUAUUAUAUUACUAUGCUAGCAUACACAGUCAGCUUUAAUUCAUGAAUUUCAAAGGAAGAUGAAAGUGGUUAUAUUUUGUAUAUUAUCUGAAAUACUUGAAAAUAUAUAUCGCCAAGUUUGAAGUAAAAUGAAAUUUAUUUUGUGUUUAGAAAAUAACGUCUUUUUUGUUCUGUUGUGUUUAUUUUUAUAUUUCCAAUUGCGAUUUGGCGUGAAUCUGUAGAUAACGAUGACAUUGAAUAUUGAAAAUAACCAUUUUUUGUUUAAUUGCUUUUGAACUUUUUUGUAAUCAUUAUUAUUUAUCUUUUCGUUUUCCGUCUAAUUUCGGAUUUAUUUUUUUCCUCAGGCUCCUCAAGCACAAUUUGAAUAUUGUUCGAGGAAGCGUCAUACUUUUGGUGAUCGUGAAAUAAGAAGGUCCCAAGUUGAUGCGCUAGUGCCUUUUCUCAAUUACCAAGUCUUUCCGCUAUUGAACUUCUUGGUUGAUGAUUGCCAAUGCGGCAUUGUAGGCCUAUACUUUACCAACAAUCAGGUUAAACAAUAUCAACUCCAAAUAGGUUUUAUUCAGUAGCAUCUUCUAUUAAAUAGAAGUAUUAUUAUGGUAAAUAGCUGGAUACGAUAAUUAUUUCGAGUCUUAUACAAUUUCGUAAUUCUCCACGAAGAUAAUUUAAGAACUAUACACUACAUUAAGUGCAUUGCACGCUGAAAAAAAAGUAUUGUAUAUCAAUAUGGCAAGGAGGACUAAAUAAAUUGAAAAUAUGCAUUACAUGUAAAAUCCAUAUCGUAAUCGUAUUAUCCACAGUCUUCCAACUUAACAACUAUUAUAGAUUAUAUAUUUUUUUUUAUUGAAAUAAUAAGAAUUAAGUUUGGGCAUCACUCGACUAUAUAAUAUACUUCGAAGAGACGGAUUGAAACAGGGAUAUAGAACACAAGACCAACAUGGCCUAUAUAGGUCGUCUCACUAAUUUUCAAACAAGCGACUGUCAACAUGUUUGAUUUAUAGUAUAACGAGAAGAAUUUAUAGAAGUUUUCUUUCGGAAAUUUUACCUAUCGCGACACCCUGAUUAUGCUGAACUAUUAACGUAGAAACAUUAACAUUUUGUUCAUGGGGGCGGGGGGGGGGGGGCUCAUGCAAAUAACCGGUGCAUUGAACAGGAACCAUUAAAGACUCGCAUUUGCCGUCAGAAUGUUACAUAAUAUUGACAGUAUCUCUAGAUAAAUGCGGGAGGGGGGCACCAUAUCCUAAUCUGCCCCCCCCCCACCACUUAUAGGUCUCAACGGCUACGCUAUUGGCUUGAAGGUAUUCUUAUAUUCAUUGAACUGUAAAAUAUCUAAAAGACUCUUAUUUAUUCAUCGAAUUUGUUUUCAGAAAAUAUAUUCAGUUUGUGAAAUGAUCAGGUAUAUUUAUUAAAGCUGUUAGAUAGUUGAAUGACUCUUAUUUUAUUAUCGAAAUUAUAAAAAAAAAAGGUAUAUCCAAUUUCUGAAAUGAUCAGGUCAGAUACAGGCCGUUUAAGUAAAACAUGUUUACCUCAUUAUUGCAUAAUAUAAAUUACUACAAGGGUAUUAAAUUGAAUUAUCAUAUCAAAAGUAAAA